AUGGUAAUAAAAAAAUUAUUUAUAUUAAUUUUUUGUUUGUUUUUAAUUAUCAAUGAAAUUAAUGGAAAAAAAACAAAAAUAAAUGAUAUUAAAAAAUCAAAACCAAAACUAUCAUCAACAUUAUUAAAUGUUCAUAUUGUUGCUCAUACUCAUGAUGAUGUUGGUUGGUUAAAAACAGUUGAUGAAUAUUAUUAUGGAUCAAAUAUGUCAAUUGCAUUUGCAGGUGUUCAAUAUACUUUGGAUACAGCCAUUACCUGUUUAUUGGCAAAUCCAGAAAGAAAGUUUAUUUAUGUUGAAAUUGCAUUUUUCCAAAGAUGGUGGGAUGAACAAAGUACAACAAUGCAAAAUAUUGUUAAGGGUUUGGUUGAAAGUGGUCAAUUGGAAUUCAUAAAUGGUGGGUAUUGUAUGAAUGAUGAGGCUACUACCUACUAUGACGAUACUAUUGACCAAAUGACAUUGGGCCAUCAAUUCCUUUGGGAGAAUUUCGGAGUUAUGCCAAAGAUAGGCUGGCACAUAGAUCCAUUUGGCCAUAGUGCAACACAAGCUCGUAUCUUUGGUCAAUUAGGAUUCGAUGCAUUCAUUAUCGGUCGUAUGGAUUAUCAAGAUAUCGAAGCUCGUUUAGAGAAUAAGCAAAUGGAGUUCAUGUGGAGAUCGACCCAAAGUACACCAGAGAAUCAAGUUUUCACAUCAGUACUACGUGCAAUGUAUUGUACUCCAGAUGGUUUCAACUUUGAGCAAGGUGAUGACCCAAUUCAAGAUGACCCAAAUUUAUUCGAUAAUAACGUAGACUCAAGAGCUGAACAGUUCACUCAAGUGGCACUUGAAUAUGCAACUCAUUAUCGUACCAAUAAUGUACUAAUUCCAUUUGGUUGUGAUUUCGCUUACCUUAACGCUCAAAUGUAUUACAAAAACAUUGACAAACUAAUCGCACAUAUCAAUUCAAAUCCGGAUAAAUAUGGUUUAAAUUUGUUAUAUUCAACUCCAUCAAUUUAUAUAGAUGCUGUAAAUGAUGCCAAUCUAGUAUGGGAAGUGAAAACUGAUGAUCUCUUCCCAUAUGCUGAUAAUGAAUUUAGUUAUUGGACUGGUUAUUUCGUUAGUCGUCCAGCAUUGAAAGGCUACGUUCGUCAAAAUAAUGCUCUAUUACAUGUAGUUGAACAAAUGUUGGUAACUAGUAGUAAUCUUAUGCCAAGUAGUAGAUCUGAACAAUUGGUUGAUGACAUUGUUAUAAUGAGAGAGGUAAUGGGUAUUGCUCAACAUCAUGAUGCCGUAUCAGGAACAGAACAACAACAUGUUGCAGAUGAUUAUGCAGAACGUCUUUCAAUUGGUAAUUGUGCUUCAUUGGAAACUAUUAAUACAGUUGUUGGCACAUUACUAACUGCCAAUGGUAAUUCAAAAUCGGCCGCUGCCACUCCAACCAUUUCCUUCUGCCCAUUAUUAAAUCAAAGUAUUUGUCCAGCAACUGAUCCACUUUCAUCAGGUACCUCAGUUCCAGUGUUAAUUUAUAAUAGUUUAAGUUGGACUCGUAAUGAACCAGUUCGUAUUCCAAUUCCAAUUGCAAAUGUUACAGUAACUUCCUCAUCCAAUGGUUCAAUUACAUCUCAAGUUAAUCAAAUUAAUGGUACCUUUAUUCUAGAGUUUUUAGCCACAAUCCCACCAUUAGGUUAUUCAACCUAUAUUAUAACAUCUACAGCAUCUGAUUUUGUUGAACCAAAUUCAAUUCCAGCAAUAAUAAUUCAAGAUGAAAUUAUAGUUUCAGGUGGUGGUAAAAUUAAUGAAAAAGUAUCAUAUAAUGAUCCAAUUAUAUUAGAGAAUGAUUAUAUUAACGUUCAAUUUAGUUCUCAAGAUGGUUCAAUACUUUCAAUUACUAAUAAAACAUCAGGGGUUACUUCAUCAAUUACUCAAGAAUAUAUUUGGUAUAAUCCAAGUGUUGGUAAUGAUGAUUCUGCUCAAUGUAGUGGUGCUUAUAUCUUUAGACCUGUUGAAGAUUUUGCUUAUCCUUACAAUAAUGCCACACCAAGUGUAUCGAUUAUUAGAGGUGAAAUCUCAUCAAGUAUUAGAAGAUUUUGGUCAAAUGAAAUGGUUCAAACCUUUAGAUUAUAUUCAAAUGCUGAUCAUUUAGAGGUUGAAGAAAUCAUUGGUCCAAUUGAUAUUAGUGAUGGAAUUGGUAAAGAGAUUGUAUCACGUUAUACCACUACAUUGGUGACUGACCAGACAUGGUAUUCCGAUUCUCAAGGUAUGGAAAUGCAAAAGAGAAUAACCAACUAUCGUCCAUCAUGGAAUUUAACCGUGGUUCAACCAACCAGUGGUAAUUAUGUACCUGUGAAUGCUAUUGCCUACAUUCAAGAUCCUAAUCAAUCAUUACAAUUCACCAUUGUCACUGAUAGAAGUCGUGGAUGUGCAUCGUUAAGAGAUGGUCAAUUGGAUAUGAUGAUGCAUCGUCGUACUUUGAAAGAUGAUGGUCGUGGUGUUGGUCAACCAAUGAAUGAGUCAACUCAAAUCGUUACAACUAGUAAAUUGAUUUUCCAUGAUAUUUCAAGUUAUGCUCAAUCUCAUUAUCGUCCUGCUGCACUCUCUUUAUCACAUCCAUUACUCCCAAUGUUUACAACCACUCAACAAUCUUCAAACGAUUGGAAUUCUCAAUAUCAAGGUGUUUACUCACCAUUGACUUCAGCCUCACCUUUACCAAAUGGUUUAAAGAUUCAAACUCUACAAUGGUUAGAUAAUCAAGAUAAUACCAUACUUUUACGUAUUGAAAAUAUUUAUCAAAUUGAUGGUCAAGAUUCACAAGAUCCACAAACUAUCACUUUAGAUCUUUCAACUAUCUUUUCAACAAUUACAAUCACUUCUGCAACUGAAAUGAAUUUAACUGGUGUUCAAAAAUUAUCAAAUUUAUCAAGAUUAAAAUGGAAAACUGUUGAUGGUAAAAACUAUGAUCAUAAAUCAUCAUCAUCAACUAAAGAAGAUUCUUCAAAUGGUUUUGUUUUUACUUUUUCUCCAAUGCAAAUCAGAACUUUUAUAAUUACUACUAAUUAA